AUGGAGAAUGUGCCUGCCGAGUUUCUUGUCUUUACUGAGACCGUCGGAAUUAAUCAAACCUUGAUCUGGUCAUCUGCCUUGUUUGAUUUCUUGUACUCAGAGGCCUUCCGGCUCCAUGAAAGACAUGGGAAUCGGCCAUCUGCCUUGUUUCUCAAACUCGGAGCCUGUCCGGCUUGA